AUGUCGGCGCGCAACGAGACGGGCACGAGCGGGCGGGACCUCAGCACGCUGCGCGAGAACGAGCUGCGGUGGCUGAGCCGGUGGCAGGAGCUGGAGCUGCCGCCGUACACCGGCAGCGUGCCGCCCGUGGGCGCGCCUCUGCCCGUGUCCUUCCUGCUCUCCACGAGCAUGGCGGUGCUGUCCCUCGGGAAGGUGCUGGAGAACGUCGGGGAGGACCUGGACGAGGAGGGCGAGCAGUUCUUCUUCAAGCGCUCCUCGCGCCCUCUGUACGACUCCGACGCCGAUGCGGCCAGCGACGACAGCGGGAAACCGAGUGGGGACCCACCGUGA